CGAACACAGCUCUCCGCAUUCCAAACGAUGGCUGUCGCCCGCGGACAAGGCGUUUGCAGCGUCGUACUAUGCGCUGUCGUCGUAAUAGUAUACGAAAACAGGAAAUCGAACACACCGGGCGAGCGUUUGAAAAAAAAAAAUAAAAAAAAAAAACAAAAUCCUUGAAUUGGCACCUAGGUACCUAUAGAAACCUGCACCUACUCGGGCGUCACGCAGACGGUUCCGAGGCGGUUUUUCGCGAUCAUCAUGGACAGAAACGUUUGCAAUGCAUUGUCAUUCUGGUUGGUUUUGUUCGUGCUGCCCCCCGUACGGCUACAACAACCCAAGCCCGAUAACGGUGAGUAACGUUUUUCAUUUUCUCAAUAAUAUCAACGCGCGUGGGGUUCGUACAGCCGUUGCAGUUUUGCGAGACGGCGCAUUAAUAACGCGCGCUUGACACUCGGUAGAUUGAAAACAAAAUAAUGUGGGCAGGUUAAUGUGUCCGAAUUCGCAAUCGAAGAAGGUUCGAUAGUUUUAUAGUAUUGCACUUUUAAGCGAGUUUCGGCUUGGAAAUCAAUGUCUGUUAACGGAUAAACCAAUAAAUAUAAUCAAAUUCAGGGCCAUUCAAUUGAAACAUUAAAUUGAGUAAUUAUCUCUAAAAAAAAAAAAAAAACACUCUUGUUAAAAAAAAAAAAAAAACUGAUAUAUUUCGCACGAUCGGCGGGGUACGGUUGUAAGUGACAAAUUGGAAAGGUAGGAUAUAGAGAGAAAUUUGAUGUAUAUCUGUCCGUAACGAUUAAUAAUUUCUAACGAAAAACGAUUCUGAACGGAGUUCGGUUAUACAUGUUUUGAAAGGUCGUAAUAUUUACGAUUGUCGUAAAAAUUUGAUAUUAAAAUUCUUAUAAAAACAAUUCUACAUUACACUGAACCCCUAAUAAAUUUUCUAGUAUUUCUGUUUGGUUUAACAAUUUUAUUCACAGAGUAUACUUGACAAAUAAAAAUUACGUAAAAUACUUGCCAAAUUAAAAUCUCUAUAAAUAACUCAAAAAUAGCUAAAAUGUUUUGAUAAUUUUACCACGUCUAGAAAAGACAAAUAUACGAUUUCUGACGAAAUUUCAAGUCUCUAAAUUGAAAUUCAACAAAAAACAAAAUUGAAAAAUAAUAAAAGUAUUAUUUUCGAAAACUGCUUGGAAAAUCAAAAAAAUUACCUUUCUAGAUAAAAUUCCCUUUUAGAAAAAGUACCACGCUCGAUAUAUCAGAACAAGAUUUCUGGUAGAAUUUUUUGUACACAUUAUACAAAAAAAAAUACAAAAAUAAAUGUAAAACUAAUACAUUCCUCGCUUUGCUCUGAAUCUAAAAAUAAACAUUAUUGUAAAACCAUUACAUUUUUCGCAUCGUUUAGAAUCUAAAACAACUAAAUUUAUAGUACGCAUCCACAUAGGAGAUUUUAUAAGUAUUCCGCAAUAAUUAGAAUAAAUUAUUAUAUAAAUUAAUUAGAAUAAAAGGAGACGUAGGACAGAACGGGACGAUGAGGCGAAACGGGGACGUAUUAAUGCCUAUUAAUGUCUUACAUUAGUUUGAAAACACGAUAAUAUGUAUGAUUUAAUGAUAUCACGUGUUAAAAAUUGCAUGUUUGAACAGGUAUAAAUUAUUUUGUCAGCAGCGAAUGUUAAUGGCAGUUAACUAAAUAAAUUAAAUUAAAACAAUACUUUUUUUUUUUUUUUUUGAAAUUAAUUUUUAAACUUGACUUUAAUUUCUAAACCGUAUGACUUGUACAGUUGUAUACACCAUUCGUAUUUUUACAAAUGUCCUAAUAAUUUUGUCCGACAGAGUGUUUAACGCCAUUACACGACAUAGGCGUUUGCAUCAACAUCAAAGGUUGCCCGUUGCUAUUGUCGUUGUUCGAAAACGAGAGGGAUAACGAAUCAGUUGUAUUGUUCCUAAAGAAAUCAUUUUGCGGACACGAAAACAGAUUUCCUAAAGUAUGUUGUCCGCUGGAAAACGACGAUAUUUUUAUCCGAACUUUGGUAGACGAUAUUCUGGACACGCCUGCAGUAUUCUCACUAAGUCGAGAAAAUUCAACGUCGUCGGAGUAUAACAGAACUGCAUCAGUUUCGCCUGUAAAAUUGCCGUCGUCUGACCAAUGCGGACGAUCCAAUGUCACUUUAUCCCGAAUUAAAGGCGGAAUCAACGCCGAACUGGGUACUUAACAGAAUUAUAUAAAUAUAGGUACAUUUUAAAAUAUCUAGAUAAAGAUUCUAGAAUAUAGACUAAGACAAGAGAUACGUAAUGAUUUAAUUAUUUAGAUAAAGAUAAAUUUGUGAAUUGACACAAAUCAAAGCAAAUUUAUAUCUAGAUAAAAAAAAAGAAAAACGUAGAAAAUAUUGUUAAUUACCUAUCAUAAAACGAAGUGCUAAAAUUAGUAAAAGUGUUCCAUAAUUAGUACACAUUGAAAUUUCAAAACAGUUAUCUAAACCAGUGAUUCUCAACCUUUUUUUUUUAUGACGACACCUUAAUUUAGAUUCAAAAAAAUGACGACAUACGUUAAAACAAUUAAUGAUUUUAAAAUGACACAUACAAUGAUCACAACACGGUAAUCACGACUGAGGACAUGCUUACGUACAAACAAACAACGUUUCACACCACGUUUCACACCGGUUGAGAACCACUGGUCUAAACAAUUAACUUAUUAAACCAUACGAAUACGAAUAAAAUAUUUAAUCUAUUAUAUCUCAUUUAUCUAAAUAAUGAAAAAUAAAAAAAUAUACGGUGAAACACAACACUAGCUUAAACAAUUUUAGGACAUUUUGUAUUUACCUUUAUGAAAUUAUUGUUCGUGCGGUUUUAGUAAAACGCGAAAUAAAAACAUUGUUAAUAUUACUGCAGCGCAUCAUAAUAUUGAAUAAACAGUUUAAAAUUUCUAUACAGGAGCUUUGCCCUGGAUGGCGGCCCUCGGAUAUCGAUUUCUAAGGCAGCCCAAUCAUAUCAUGUGGAAAUGCGGCGGCGCUUUGAUAACGGAUAGACACGUGUUGACAGCUGCCCAUUGCAUUGAACCUACACUGUAAGUUUACUGGCUGUUAAUUUUUCAAGACAGGUACUUAUAAUCUACAGUAUCUAUUAAUAUUUUACGAACGAAUAGUUUUACUUUUUUUAUUUAUCACCCUGAGGCGGUCUAGUACACUGCAAUGUUUUAGAUAUUACAACACAUAGGUAUAAUCCUGUCCAUGGGAGCCCACGGAGAUUCGGGGACGCGAAUAGCGCACUGUCUCCAAUCCCUUAAAAAUAGUAUGAAUGAAUAAUUUUGUUAAAUUUAAACUUAAACCUUCAUUAAGCAUAUAUUUUGAGAAUUUUUAUAUUCUGAGCGGAGCGAGGAAUGUAUUAGUUUUAUAAUGAUUUUUAUUUAUUUUUUUUUCCGCGAGCAACUUUUUUAUAAGUAAUUUUGCUCCGAUUUACGAGUGUAGCACAUUUUUUGACCGGGAUGGUACUUUACGGAGGUGUUUUUACUGAUUUCCCCGGGGGUUUUCAUAAUAAAUGGGAAAAAACGUAAGAAAAACGGGAAAAUGUAUAAAAUGUAUUAAUUUCAAAUCGUAAAUGGCCUUUUGAAACAUGUAAAACCGAAUUCCGCCCAGUAUCGUUUUUCCCCUCUACCUUUCCAACUUCGCAUCUUUUACAGUGGCUCACCCACCGUGCGAAAUAUGUUCGUUUUUUUGUCCUUCCCCUUGAAAUUUCACUAGUGGCCACCCACGGUCCUUUUCGCUAAGAAUUUAGACGUUCCUUAUUAUAUAUAACUAACUAGGUAGAUAACAAUAUGGAUUACAUUGAACGUAUUCGAAUUUUGCAAUUUUCAGAGUUAUCGUACGUUUGGGUGAUUUGGAUUUGAAUCCGAGUAUGAACGACGGAGCCGAACCAAUCAGUGUUGCGAUUGAGCAGAUUACGCAACACGAACAUUACAGCAAAAACGAUAUCACCAAUAAUGACAUCGCGUUAUUAAAAUUGACCAAUAGUAUUAGUUUUAGCAGUAAGUUUAUAUUAAUAAAUUUGGGUAUGUUAAAGUAUACACUGUACAUUAUACAGUAAAAUGUGUUAAUUUGCAAUCACCAGUCGAUAACUGUAGUUCAUGCGAAUAUUUUAUUGCGGUUUUUUUUUUUUUUAAUUUACAAUUUAUGAUUAAUAUUAUGGCUUGCCGUUUAAUACCAUAGGAAAAUAAAAAAUUUCAAAACCUUAAAACUCGUUUACAUUUGCAAACAUUUUACCACACUUUUUUAUAGAUAGUCAACCCAAUUACGUUCCCGUGCACAAAAUAACGAAAUAAUAAUAUAGUUUGCGAACUAAAAUAUAUUGAUGUAUAUUAUUGCAACUAUAUUGCUCUCGUUCGUUUAAUCAAUUCUAAAUAAAAAUUUCAAAAAUAGUUUUAGUUUUUUUUUAAAAAUAUAAUAUAAUACAAAUUAACUCUUUACAACUGCUAUUUUCAAAUAAUUUUAAAGUCAGUGCUUUUUUAAAUCGUGGCCAUACGUCGGUUCUUUGGUUUUACUAAACUAUUAUGAAAUAUUAUGUACUGAAUUUACAGAAAUUCGAUACACUGUUCCAACGAUUUUAUUACAAUUUAUGUUUUUUAAAUAACUAAAUUCCAACCUCUCAUUACAAAUGUAUUGUAUUUGUAUAUUUUAAUAAUUUAUUUCGGACUCAUUGUACAAACGAAAGCAGUUGGGUUCCAUCGCAUUUACCAAUAUUAGAGACGGUCCAUAAUAUUAUUUCAAAACUUAAAAAUACAUUUUAUAUACUUUAAGUGUUUUUUAAUAAUAUUUUAUUUGAUCCAAAUGCUUUCAUAACUAUAAAUUGAUUAUACCUAUACACUCGUAUUGUAAAACAUAUAAUUAAAAUUAUAUAUUUAAUAUUUAUUUUUUUAUUUUUUUUUGUUUCAGAAUUCAUUCAACCUAUUUGUUUGCCAAUAAUGCCGGAAAUAAGAUCUAAAAUGUUGGUAAACUUAGUACCAUUUGUUGCUGGUUGGGGUGUCACGUCGUAUCGUAAGUGUAUUAUAAUUAUAUAAUAAGCUUUAAAUUUUGUUUAAACAUUUUAUAAUCCAUGUGUAAAGACUGAUUAAAAAAAAAAUAAAGAGGUGAUACUGGGGACGGGUGUUCUAGGUGGGUAGUAAGGAAGGUGGGAUACAUAAAGUUAUUUAAUUUAUACCUGUACCCAACGAUAAACCAUUGCUAAUGAAAAACGAUUUGGACUAACUUCUGUUAGAUUAUACUUUUUUUUGAAAGGCCGUAAUAUUUACGAUUUUCGUCAAAAUUUGAUUUUAAAACUUUGUAAAAAAAACACAGUUCAUAAAAUUCAGUUUUUUUUUUGUGACCACUAAGUGUGACUUAUAAUAAACCUCCUGUUAAAUUUUCAAGUAUUUCUGUUUAGUCUAAAAAUGUUAUCCGCGAGGUUUCCACCCAAUAAAUUUGCAUAAAAAAAACUCGUGAAAUUAAAAUACAUAUAGAUGGCUUGAAAUGGCUAAAAAUGUUUGAAUAAUUGUCCAAAUUUCAAGUCUUUAUAAAUAUUUUUAAUAAAAUAACUGUAAAAAACAAAAUUUAAAAUAAUAAAAGCAUUAAUUUCGUAAAUUUACCCGAAAUUUGUACGUAUUUUUCGGAUUUCGUCAAUUAUUAAAAAUUCAACAAAAUAGGUCACAUGUUGUUUUUAUGUUGUAUAAACCAUAAGCUAUAAAAAUUUAAAAUACUGAAACUAUUUGGUCAUAAUUUUUAAAAAAUCGUAUUUUUAGCUUUUUUGAUUUUCGCAAAAAAAAAAAAUAGAUAUUGAAAAUAUGACUUCCUCUGUCAGUGGAUAUAUGUUAAAAGGAACAAAAUCGAUCUCUCGUUAUUCUUCGUUUGGAACAAUACUUCUGGUAGAAAACAUAAGUUGCAAAAAUUAAAAACAAUGAAACCGGUAACGCUGCGGUGUGCCGUAGAUAUUUGUCGUUUUACCUAUAAUUUUCUUUCAGGUUUUCCCCAAUUAUUUUGAGAGCCCCUUAGAAAAUCAAAAAAUAACCUCUUCAAUGCGCUAACUAGGUAAAAUUAAUUUUCAGAUAGGUUGCACAUGAUACUUGGGAGCAAGUUUUCUGGUAGAAAUAUCCUGGUGGACCACUGUUGUAGAUGAAAAGUUGGGAAGGUAGAGGAGUAAUGCAUUGUAUAUUUGAAUGCAACGAUAAACCAUUACUAAUGAAAAAAACAAUUCUGAGUGCAGUUCAGUCGAUAGUGAUGCUUUGUCAACAUUAUAUAUAUUGCUGAAAAAGCUACGCUCCGAAUCUAAAAUAAAAUAAAAAUUGACGACUAUGACUUGAACGGUUUAAGAAUAUACCCCUAAUAGCAUCGUCCUUUCCCAGGAACUAUUACUGUUUAUUAGGUAUUUAAUUAAUACCUAUCAGAAACUUCCUGUUCCUGGGGAAUAUUUUAACCCGGUAAUCGACUGUUUUGGUCUAAAUUAGUGCCUACCACGAGCUUUCCGUCGGGAAACAUUUUGACCUAAUAGAGAACUUCUUAUUUGUGUUCUCAAUUCAAUUUACCAUACCACUGUUUUCCCAUCUAUCCUAAGGAACAUAUGCGAUUUCAUGUGAUUUUCGACACCAGUUAAAUAGGUUUCAGUACCAAAACUUAAGCAUCGAAAUUCACGUGACCCAAUGGAACUUGUUUGUUUUGACACAAAUCGCUAUCUUCUGGUUAAAUUUAGACAUGGUCUUGUGCGUUUUCAAACGAAAUAAUUUGGAAUUGCUUUCAAAAAUCCUAUGAAAUAGUGUCUCAUGAAAUCAUUUUCCCAUUUGUCGAAGUUGUGAGUUUUAGAUUCUAUUAUACAUUAAUAAUUAAUAAAUCACACAGGCGUAACAAUGAUUACUAUUAACAAUAGAUAUUACAACUUUAUGACUCUAGGUGGACCGAUAAGUACGGCUUUAUUGGAAGUUCAAGUACCCAUCCUUGACAUCUCAGAAUGCAAAAAAGCGUUUUCCAAACACGGGGUUUUGGUCGACGACCAUAAAGUGAUAUGCGCCGGAGAAUUGGGAGGCGGAAAAGAUUCUUGCCAGGUAUACUAUAGUCUACAAGUAUUGGUAAAAUAAUUGAUACAAUAUUAACGUAAAAUUUUUACGUCCAAAACAUCUGUGAUGUACGACUGAGUUAUUUAAAGUAGGAUGGGUAUCCAAAAAUUCAAUCGUGAGCUUUCGUACAGAAACUUCUAUUAAAUGCUCAAUACUGCUAUGUUUAAAAAAGGCAAAUAUAAGUUUUUGCUGAAAUUUCAAAUUUCUAUAAGUAUUUUUAACUGAAUAAUUACAAAAUUGAAAAUAAUCCAUUUAGUAAAUUUUCCCGUUUUUCCCAAGUUUUUUCCAUUUAUUAUGAAAACUAUUUGAAAAAUCAAUAUGACUUUCUUAAAAUACCACCUAAAUAAAAUUUCCUUUAGAAAAAAUAUUACACUUGAAAAUCGGAGUAAGAUUUGUGUAGAAAAGUUGUUUACAGAUAAAAAAAAAAAAGUUGUCACAUAUGCUAAUUUAUUUAUUGAUUUUUAGGGUGACUCUGGAAGUCCUUUAAUGUGGCUGAGCUCCAACCAGUAUUAUUUGAUCGGUUUAGUAUCUUUCGGAUUUCGUUGUGGCGAAGCGGGUUAUCCAGGCGUUUACACCAGAAUAUCGAAUUAUAUCGAAUGGAUCGAAGAUAAAUUGAAUAAAAAAUAAUAGAUAUUUAGUUAAUGUUUACCUGCCUUAUGAACGAACUAAUGAUCUAAGCCUGCAAAAAGGAACAGUUAAUAUUCGAAAAAUAAAAAUAAAAUGGCUUGAAAGAAACAAAUUCGAUAAUUCGAUUUCGCGGUAGAUAUAAACAUCGAUGCGAAUCGUAAGUUUUAAACACGUGGGUUGUCAUAUGAAAAUCAAAAACCAAAAUCGUAUUUAUAUACUCGGGAUAUCUCAGUAGAAAUUCGCAAGUUUUGUGUUAAAAUUAUAAUAUUACAUAUAGCCUUUCUAUAUUUACCUUUCUUGAUUUUGUAACACAUGC